UUGGCCGGGGGCGGUGCUUGGAGGUUCCUGCGAUGCUGCUGGCGCCUAGUGUGAGGUUCCGCGCCUCUGCUGUUCGCCCCGUGGACCCUAGAGCCGGGCUGCGCACCGCCGUCCUAUCCGCACGCCCCUUCCCGCACCGACCUGCCUGCUCUAGGAUCUUGGAUAUGGAUCUUCUUCAGUUCUUCUUUGUCCUGCUGUUGUCUGGGACGGGAGUCACAGACACCCUGAAGACCUCCCUGGACCCGAGCCUGCAGAUCUACAAGAAGAUGUUUGAGGUGAAACGGCGAGAACAGCUGCUGGCCCUGAAAAACCUGGCACACCUAAACGAUGUCCACCAGCAGUACAAGAUUCUUGAUGUCAUGCUCAGGGGGCUCUUUAAGGUGCUGGAGGACUCGCGGACAGUGCUCAUUGCUGCAGAUGUGCUCCCAGAUGGGCCCUUCCCCCAGGACGAGAAACUGAAGGAUGCUUUCUCCCAAGUAGUGGAGAACACGGCCUUCUUCGGUGAUGUGGUGCUGCGCUUCCCGAGGAUUGUGCACCACUACUUUGACCACAAUUCCAACUGGAACCUCCUCAUCCGCUGGGGCAUCAGCUUCUGCAACCAGUCGGGCGUGUUUGACCAGGGGCCCCACUCGCCCAUCCUUGGCCUGAUGGCCCAGGAGCUGGGGAUCAGCGAGAAAGACUCUGACUUCCAGAACCCAUUUAAAGUAGACCGCCCAGAGUUCAUUUCCAGCACCGACCCUUUCCAGAAGGCCCUGAGGGAGGAGGAGAAACGCAGGAAGAAAGAGGAGAAGCGGAAAGAGAUCCGAAAGGGCCCACGGAUCUCGAGAUCCCAGUCGGAGUUAUAGCUGGGAACAGCCCAGGGCUCAAGGGGCCAGGAGGAGACAAGUCUGGAGGAAGAGGCGGAGGCAUCGACUGGUGGUGAGAGCUGGCCCCUGUGAAAGGGGAAGUGGCCUCAGCCCCCUGGAGCCGGCUCUGCGCCGAAACAGAAGUGACUGGGCCACAGAGGACUGAAUUUGCUUCCAGGGUCCUCCCUGGAGAGGGCGCCAAGGGCGUCUUCAGAGGAUGCCAUGCUGCAGAUCAAACCAUGUCGAGAUGCUGGGCGAGGCUGGAAGGAUCCCAGGCUGGACUCUCCCUUUGGGUUAGGACUGCUGGCUAGCUGGCUGCUGCCCUUCAUGAGGAGGGAGCAGAAUUGGGCUCUGAGCCACUUGUGGAAGUGCCGUGCCUGCUGCUGGCCCCACUGUGGCACUGAGCUGCCCAGCACAGGUCCCAGCGCCCUGCAAAGACACAGUAAAAGCCAGCAAACCCUCUGGGCUAAUGGAGGCCGGUUUGGGCCCCAGGGAGCUGUGAGCCCUUUCAUGGGGCAGGGGCCUGGCAAGGCAGUGAAGCAGGGCCUUGGCUUAGGUCUCCUAGUCCUUUCUUCGCACUGUCCUUCAUGAAGGAGCGUCCAAAGGUGUUCACCCAAAGACCGUAGAGCAGCAUGAUCUCUGUCCCAUCGGAUAUUGGGGAUAGUCCCUGAACAGGUGCAGGAUGGAAUCAAUGUGUCAUCUCUGGCAACCCCAGGAGACCCUUGGCCUGUGGGUAGGGGAUAGGCUCUAGCUCUGCAGGAGGCUGUGCUUUGUAAUGGCAGGGCUGCCCCAAGCUGGACUGGUCAGAGCGCUCCCCAUGGCAGAGACCAGGGGCCACAGAGCAGGGAAGCUGCAAGGGAAUUAGGCCCUGCAUGGGCAGCUACCCUUUAAUCGUGUCCCUCCCAGGCAGGGGAGGGAGGGGCUGCGGUGGGAAUUCCAGUUCAGUCUCUUUGACCUUGCCAAGCUAGGUCUGUGUCUUAAAAGGGGAGAGACAUCUGACCAUCCCAGAACCCUGCAGCCCCCCGUACUGACAGAGUCCAAGAGAGACGGGAGUCUUGUCUCAGCCCCUCAGACUUGCUGAGUGACUCUGGCCCAGCCCUUCCCUGUGCCGUGGCUUCAUUGACAAAAUGAAUCUGAUAAUGUCUGAACCCUCUGCCCAGCCCUAAACUGCUUCUCUGAGAGGCUGGGGCCUGCUUCUCAGUGACAGAUGCCCUUCUCUGAUGGUUCUUCUAUCAUCCUUUAGGUUUGCUGAGCAUCCCUGUGUGCACAACCGAAGAGAGGGGCCCAAUCUGAACGCAUCUUCAUCUCUGUCCCAUCUGGCUCCUCUCUCCUCCUAGGCUCUUCCUUCUACACCUUCAGCCUCUCCAUCUUGGUUGAUUCCUUCCUCUCCAUCCUCAAAUGGGCCCAAGUUUUCCCAUCUGACACCUUCAUAGAAAGAAACAGAACCGCUCUGCUCUCACUCUCUCCUUCCCUUUGAUGCCAUUGAUGUGGUUAUUAGAUCCUGGAACUCUGUCUUACGUCUUACUGCAGGCAGUUUUCCCACUUCCUCAGCAGGAGGUGUAACGGCCCGAGGGCACUUGUUUGUCAAGCUUCCUUGCAGCCAGGAUUCAGUCCUGUGAGCCCUGUGCCAUCAACCAGAUGUACCAGCCUGUGCGGGAGUUGCGCUGGUAGAGGUAGUGGCUGCUGGGACCAGAGGUAGCAGUGGGGCAGGGGAUGGGGGCGGUUCUAGUGACCAGACUAGACCAACACCAGGGGUGCCCAGUGGUGGCGACAGUGAUGUCUUCAGUGGUGUUUUCAGCAUCUUCUUGGAUACCGUUCCCGUUUGCUGAGCUUCCAAGUCCAAUCUGAGGCGCCCCUGGAGAGUCUGGGAGCUCCCCUAUAUCCUCAGAGGCAGGGGUUUUCAACAGUGGCACUAUUUACAUUUAGGGCCAGAUAAUUCUUUGUUGUGUAUGUAAGGAUGGCUGUCCUGUGUGUUGUAGGAUAUCCAUAGCAUUCUUAGCUUCUGCCCACCAGAUGCUAGUAGCAGUCUCUAGACAUUACUAGAUGACCCCCAGGGGCAAAAUCUCCCUGGUCCACAGCGCUUGUCCCUCCUUAUCCCAGCCCCACAUCUUCCUCUCCUGUCCCGUCCCUGCCCCCAGAGAAAUGUUGUUGGAAGCUCUCUGAGAUGACCCUUCCAG